AUGUCCAUGUCAUUUGAUUUCACGGGAAAGGUAGUAUUGGUGACGGGCUCGAGUUCAGGUAUCGGUGCGGCCACAACACUGCUAUUCUCGAAAUGUGGGGCACAGGUAGUGGUGACGGGACGUAAUCAACAGAAUAUCAGUCGAGUGGCCAAAGAGUGUGCGGAAGUGUCGCCCAAACGACUCAAACCUCUGGAAGUGGUGGCUAAGGUAGUAUUGGUGACGGGCUCGAGUUCAGGUAUCGGUGCGGCCACAGCACUGCUAUUCUCGAAAUGUGGGGCACAGGUAGUGGUGACGGGACGUAAUCAACAGAAUAUCAGUCGAGUGGCCAAAGAGUGUGCGGAAGUGUCGCCCAAACGACUCAAACCUCUGGAAGUGGUGGCAGACGUUUGCAAAGAGGAUGACUGCAAACGACUCAUCGCUUCAACGGUUAAAGAGUUUGGAAAACUUGAUAUUCUGGUGAAUAAUGUCGGCGCUACUAAAUCCAGUAAUGUCUACGAUGACAAUUACUUGGAGAAUUAUAAAUGGAACCUGAACACUAAUCUCGAUUCUGUGGUCUAUAUGACUCAUUAUUCUGUCACUCAUUUGGAGAAAACCAAAGGAAUUAUAAUUAAUAUUUCGGGCGUUAAAUCCGCGCAAACGAGCCGUGGGAUGUCUGCCUAUAGUAUGACUAAAGUGGCGGUCGAUAUGUUCACAAAAAGUAUUGCCGUAGAGUUGGCCGACAAAGGAAUUCGUGUCAAUUCUAUAAUUUGUGGUGCCGUUAAGACCGAGGGUUUGAUACACGCGGGCCUAACACAGCAACAAUCGGACGCAACAUUUGCAGCGUUAGGUGCGGCCACACCUCAUGGACAGCCCGCUAAACCAUCUGAGAUCGGAUACGCUGUCAUGUAUUUGUGUAGCGAUGAGGCAUCGUAUGUGAGGGGAUCUAACUUUGUGGUGGACGGUGGCUGGUUGGCAGCCAACACCACUUACUUGCCUUAA